CCCAGAGUCGGGAGGCUGGGAAAAUCGUGACCAUGGCCUUGGCGCCUGCUAAUCAGCCGGAGGUUAUUCGUGCCGCGCAGAAGGAUGAGUAUUAUCGGGGUGGCCUGCGAAGUGCGGCCGGAGGGGCCCUGCACAGCCUGGCGGGUGCUAAGAAAUGGCUGGAGUGGAGGAAGGAGAUGGAGCUGCUGUCAGACAUAGCCUACUUCACCCUCACCACAUUUUCAGGGUACCAGACUCUUGGGGAAGAAUAUGUGAACAUCAUCCAGGUUGACCCAUCCAAGAGAAAAGUUCCUUCUUGGUUUCGCCGAGCCACACUGGUCUCUUUGCACACCCUCGUGCCCUAUGUACUAGACAAAGCCCUAGUCCACCUUGAGCAUGAGCUGCAGGCUGAAGUUGAGAGUGCCAGGCACUUGCAGAACAACCUUGUGCUUGGCAUCCGCAGUAGGUCGGCGGUGCGGCGAUGGGUUCACAGAUGGGUCCACCAUCUGUCAGAGCCACAGAAGAAGACUCUCCUGCGCAUGGUGAGCUUUCUGAAACACAGCAUCACCUGUCUCCGCCGGCUGCACGUGGCCAUGUUCUACAUCGACGGGAUCUUCUACCACCUGGCCAAAAGGCUCACAGGCAUCACAUAUCUCCGUGUGCGCAGUUUCCCCAGAGAUGACCACAGUGUUCGCUGGAGCUACAGGCUUCUGGGGAUGGUGUCUUUGCUGCAUCUGAUGCUCUCAGUCAGCGUACAGAUCUAUGGCUUCAGUCAGAGGCAGCGGGCCCGCAAGGAAUGGAAGCUUCACCGCAGUCUCUCCCACCGCAAGAGCCACACAGAAGAGAAGUCUGUGGGCAGAAGCUCAGUGUGUACCCUUUGCCUAGAGGAACGAAGGCAUGCUACAGCCACCCCCUGUGGCCACCUCUUCUGCUGGGAGUGCAUCACCGAGUGGUGUAAUACCAAGACGGAAUGUCCACUUUGCAGAGAAAAAUUUCAUCCACAGAAACUGAUUUACCUGCGGCAUUAUCGUUAGUCCUAGAAAACCCAGAUCAAAGGGCAACGGAAGAAAAGGAAGAAGCUCGAGAUAUCAUGUCUUUAUUAAUGAACCAAAAGCAGAGUUCAUUUUAAUUUAUCCAGAAUUAUGAUGGUGACUUAACCUGCACUGAAAUUCUCAAGUAUUUUGUUUUGAAAUCACUGCAUAAGGUACUUUGUCCACUGCUCAGAUGUUGGGGGGAGGUGCAAAGCAAAGUUAGGCCUAACCUGAUAGCUAGAACUUUGGGAUACUGUGUUGUCCAUCCAGAAGGUAUGCAUGUACAUUCCGCACAAAGGCAAACUCCCAUUUUCCUCAGAAAAUUCAUCCUGAAUCUCAUGUACUGCCAAGUGUUUGUGUGUCCAGCUUUCUUUCCAAUUAGGCUAAGAUAACAUAGUUGACUCUUUUGGACAAAUAACACUCUAAAUUUCUUUCCCCCAUCCCUGUGCCAUUUGAAAACAGUUUCUGAGCAGUGAGCAUUUGGCUUAUUUAGAAAAAGGCUCACUGUGCUUAUCAAAAAAAGCCAAGUUUUAGAUUUUCUUCCUUAACCCCCAACUAAUGUGCAGCUGAAACCAGAUCCUUCUGAAUUUACAUUCUAAGCAGUCAAUAAAUGUUUGUGUAGAUUUUAUGGUAUAAUAAUUUCAGUAUCAGGUUUAUUCAUGAAUGAAUGAUUUAGAAUACUUGUUAAUUCAUCCAAGAGCAAACAGUUCAACUUCAGGGGUUGGUCACCAAGUGGAAGAACUGCCCAAACUAUUCCCUACAAGUAGAAGGGAAACUUCUAUCCAUGUACCAAGACUUGUUUGUCAACCUAAGCUCCAUAUCUGGCACAUGUUAUUCUCCCAUAAAACAAAACAAAGCCCACCCUUCAGUCCACUGGACCAAAUGUAUCUAAUUCUACUACUGGAGAAGCUCAUGCUCUUGCUGGUGAUUCAGCUCCCUGCCUCUGGUGCCAGAGGUGCUGUAACAGCAGGGUGAUACCGCUUGCCUCCUCUGGGGGAGGGGCUCUUUUCCUGCCCACAAAGGCAGGCCAACUUAUGAAGACAUUCAUGAGCUACACAGAUUGUGAAUGUUAAUGAAGACGUUGGCUUCUACGAGGUUUCCCCAUAGACUAUACUAUCAUGCAAUGUUAGAGACAUGGACAGACCUUGACAAAAGCUCAGGUUAGCCAAUCCAGAACCACCUGCUGGCAAGGUGUCACAGUGACUCUGACUUUAACCCAAGAAUGCCCUUUACAAACUCCUGAUGAUCCCUUUCUUUUGGUCCAUCUAAUCUCUACUUCAUAAACUGUAUCAAUCCGCACAAAUCUGGAAAAAUAAAUUUUUUUCUACUCCA